AAAAAAAAUAUGUUUGAAGGACUAUAAAAACAGGACCACUGUCCGUUUUUGGUUUUGUAUCGAAAUCCAAAAGUAAUGGGAGCUGUGAAGGAGAUCGGCGACGAAGUAGGGGUGGCCAAGGAGGAAGGUCAGGGCAAGUGCAGCUUCGAUGAUAUUCGCUCUUCUUAUCUUUCCGUCGAAACCUCCCUCUCUUUCCCUCUCAUGACCUCCCGCGUCAUAGAGCUGUGCAAAGAUUUGUUCAAGAAGUGGGCGAAUUUGGAUAAUUCAUGCUUCUCUGUGGAGACUGUAUCCGGUGGCAUCACAAAUCUACUCUUGAAGGUUUCCACGACAGAAGAAGAUGGGAAAGAGGUGUCUGUAACGGUUAGACUGUAUGGGCCCAACACAGAGUAUGUCAUCAACCGUGAACGUGAACUUCAGGCUAUCAAGUACCUGUCAGCUGCAGGAUUCGGUGCCAAGUUGCUUGGUGUCUUUGGAAAUGGCAUGGUUCAAUCUUUUAUUGAUGCACGUACCUUAGUUCCCUCAGACAUGAGAAAGCCAAAGCUCUCUGCUGAAAUUGCCAAGCAACUAAGCAGUUUUCAUCAAGUGGAAAUUCCAGGUUCAAAAGAACCUCAGCUAUGGCAUGACAUCUUCAAGUUCUUUGAGAAAGCAUCCACUCUUCAAUUUGAUGAUAUUGACAAACAGAGGAUGUAUGAGACUAUUUCAUUUGAUGAAGUGCAUAAAGCAGUUGUGGAGCUCAGGGAAUUGACAGGCCUACUUAAUUCUCCCAUAGUGUUUUCUCAUAAUGACUUGCUUUCUGGGAACCUGAUGCUUAAUGAUGAACAAGAGAAACUCUACUUAAUUGAUUUUGAGUACGGGUCCUACAAUUACAGAGGCUUUGACAUCGGAAAUCACUUCAAUGAAUAUGCAGGAUAUGAGUGUGACUAUAGUUUAUAUCCAAAUAAAGACGAACAGUAUCAUUUCUUCAAGCAUUAUUUACGGCCUGACAAACCACAUGAGGUAUCAGAGAAAGAUCUGAGAGCUCUCUAUGUUGAGACAAAUACAUACAUGUUGGCGUCACACUUGUAUUGGGCUUUAUGGGCACUAAUCCAGGCAAAGAUGUCUCCUAUCGAUUUCGACUAUCUUGGCUAUUUCUUUCUGCGAUACAAGGAAUACCAGAAACAGAAGGAGACCAGCUUUUCACUUGCGCAAUCUUUUCUCUCAGGAUCUGGUAAAGCGUAAAACCGCAUCCUACGUGCAAGAAGCAUUGCUUUAUGUUGUUGUCAAUUUGUUUUUACUUCUUAACAAGAAAACUACCACUUCGUAGUAAUAGUUCCAAAAUUCAUAUAGGCAUUCUUAUAAAAAUUAUUUUUGUAUCUGCUUAUUGUGAAGGCAAAAUGAAACAAAUUUGAAGAAAGUGUCCCAUCUUGUAAGUCCAACAACCGUGAUUUGAUUAAUUCAUGUAUAAAUUUUUCUUUGGUU